AUGUCUGUGUCACUGAGAUAUGACACGAACAACGGCAUUGUCGGGGGUUUGGCUCCAUCUUCAGGACGACAGCUAUCGGACAGGACGAUGCCCACGGUGACAGUGCUUGAUGGUAUCGAAGGGUCUGGAUAUUACCUGGAUAGAGGUAAUGGGCAGGUCACGAGGCUGAUCCCCGCUGAUGUGUUGCCGCAGCUCGGUGACCUUCCGGCAAGGGAGAUGUAUCAUCCGAGCAUGGUGGUUCUCGGUACGCCGAUUGGUGAUCGGCCAAACAUGGUCGCUGGCAUCAAUAGCGCCGUUACCAUCAAGAAGAGCCCUGAUCGCCACCCCAGCGGCCUGGCCACGACGUCCGGCAGCAACAGCAGCAAGACCAGCCGUCGCCACAAGGUAUACUGCGACAAGUGGAUCCACGAAGGCGUCUGCGCCUUCACACAACAGGGAUGCAAGUUCAAGCACGAGAUGCCCUUUGACGAGGAAACGCAGCGGUCACUCGGCCUCUUCCAGGGCCUGCCUGGAUGGUACCUCAAGAGUCAGGACGAGACGCGCAAGCGGGAGAAAGGAGAGACGUGGUGGCAAGUCAUCCGCUGA